AUGGAUAACGCGGACCUGAUCAAGACCGUGAGAGGCUUGGACCAAAAUGGUCCUGGGGAAAAUGGCAAAAAUCUCCAACAGCUUUGGAACUUCUUGGCUGCGGCCGUAGAUACACAGUUUCACGCGGCGGAGGAGAGCAGUUUACGAUGGCUAUUGAAGUCCAUGAACGGUACUUCAGAAGCCGCCGAGACGAUACGACGAUACCCUCUCACUUGGACCAUUCUGGAUUGUGUUUUUCAGAGGAUACCGCUGUUUUCGCUGGCCAAGUCGCUUGCGGAUAGAAAAUUCAUGGCGGUUCUGCAGCAAACGCUAAAGGAUGCGUCAAAACCAAUCGAUUCCGCCGAGAAAUCUACCUCGACCAAGCGCAAGCGAUCUGUACAUAUCGACUACUCACUCGACGAGCUUCGAAGCAAUAGAGGGUGCUUAGAAACCGCCCAAGUUCUUUUCAUGGCAUUGAAGUCACUCUAUAAGCGACUGGAAGACACAUCAGAGAGAUUCUCGCGAGACAAGAUCGGAGCUGAACAUAUCAAAUCUCUCUUCGGGACUUCAGCAGCAGAUGCUACAGCAGUUGUGGCCCCAGCCUUUAGAAUAUGCGAAAACCUCUUAUCCAGCGAAUUGGCAGACCAAAUAAGUGGUUGUGAGGAUUGGAUUCAAACAAUUUCGUCUAUGUGGGAUCUUCACAUGCAAGGUACCGACGAUGCCCUGCAUGUUGCAAUGCAUUUAUUCCGUCCAGCAUCGGUCAUUCUCGCCAAUCUUGGGUCAUUCACCUCUGUGAACCAAAUCCAGGUACGUGACAAUCUGAAACAGAAGUGGUCAUCGGAUAUGCAAACAUUUAUGCACCGCAAUUUCGCACUACCCGGACGAGCCGCCUUCAUCAAUCACCGAGCUGUUGAAGCUUUCAGCACCGCGCUGCAGAUAUGCGGAGGCAUGAUUCAACUUGCCGCGCCUGCACUGUACUUCCUUGUUGCGAGCGCAUUUGAGGAAUUUGCUGAGGGUGGACAUCGGAAGGACAAUGUUGAGUGGAUCAAACAAACAUUUCGAACCGUUGAAAUGACGACUAGGGAACGGCAAGAUCGCGACGCUCUUAUGGGGAGUAUCUUGGAGCAAGCUCUAAAGCGGUCCUCGCCGGUGGGAGUUGAUGAUUUGCGUCGUAUUUGUCGAGACUAUGCCUUAAAGGAGGACAGUACUGACUGGUCCCUGCUGUCAAAAAUUGUGCGCUGCGAGACAGACAUAUUUCAAAUCUCAGAUGACGGUAUCGCGCUGCGAAAAGAGGUCUGCGACAGAAUUGUUAAGGAGGAUACCGAUGACCGCAACAGGCCCGCGAUUGUGGAGGUGAUUAUCGCAAUCAAAGAUGGUUUCAAAACCAGGCGAGACUUGCCAGGCUUCUUGCGAUUAUGGUUCGAGCAACUGUCCAAGGUUGAGAGACACAACUUCCAUGAAAGUUCAGCCUGGUUUACCGCCAUCCAGCAAGAACCUCAAAAUAAAGCGCUUUCCUCUAUUCUGGAGACAGAAAUGUCCCCUCAUCGUCUGAAUGAGGUGGUGGCAUGGGCUAAGGAGCACGCUUCAAAGUCGAACCCCCAAGCAACUGCACUGUUCACAUCUACAAUUGCGCAAGCAAUACGAAGCCAGGAGUAUGUUGAUGCCAUUGGGCGACAGUUGUUCGACCUAAUAGAAAGAAUGAAAGCUUCCACUCCGUUGACAGCUCUAAGAUGGCGGGUUGUCUCCAUGACGGUGUCUAGCGUCGCGCCAGAUGAACGACAAGAAAUUUGGACCUCCAUCAAGAAACGCCUAACAAAAGUUUUGGAAAAGUCGCCCAUUUUAUCUGCAGAAACAUAUGAGGCUUUCAAAUGCUGCUACAAAAUUUGGGACAUCUUGUCACCUGAUGGAGUCUGCGUUGAAGAGAUUGCUGGAUUGGUCGAAAUAUUGACGAAGAGGCUCGCUGCCGAAAUAAGCUCCGCUCGAGUUCUGGAAGGAACCAAAUUAUCAACUGCUUUGGACUUGGGUGGCGAUGCAGAAUUCGACGAAGAGUACGGUUACCAGCAAUAUAUUGCCUACAUUUUGAAUGGGUCCAGUCGGUUUACCAGACUUUACGUAUUGAAGUCAGGCGAGCUGUCGCCUGCGCUCACUGAUGCACUUGCAUCACGCAAGUCGAGCGCGGAUGGACUGGCAGCGAUCUGGUUGGCCAUAUUGCGCAAUGAUACCAACAUAAACGAACCGAAGCUUGCUCAUGGCCUAGUUAACCGCGUGAUCUCGGCCUUGGACGAGUCGGGGAAGGAGAAGUACUGGCCGGGAGAAAAGGGUCAAAUGUGGAUGAAGGCUCUCUCUGGUAUUCCGUUGGAUUCCUUCGAUCGAACUCAGCGGGAGAAGCUGAUGAGCAUACUGGCCAAGCGGCAAUCAGUGAUGACAAAAUCUGGGGAUAGAUCUUCUUUAGAUGGUUGGAAACUGCUCAUGAGUUUGACGACCAAAAUCAUGAAGCGCCCCACCUUCCAUGAGGGUAUGCAAUUCUCAGACCUCGUUGAAGCAUCAUCGGCAUUAUCAGGAGUUUCUGUACCAUCGGAGGAAUACAACGAAUCCACUGUGGAGAUUGUUGAGAGAUUCUCUCAAAUGGCUAGUACGGUGCUCAAGCAAAUGGCCGAACAUACCGAUGAACGAAGCAUAAAAUACUUCAGCGAGGCGGCUACGUUUCUUUCAAAUUGUGAGAAGCAGGCAGCGAGUGGGAAGAGCGAUUCGCUUGAGGUGCCGGCUCUCCACAUGACUUUACUCAAAUCCUUGGCUACUGAGCUUGCACAAUCUGCGAAUGCCAGGUCCCAUAGCGACUUUGCAUCGUUGGUGCAGCUGGCCCAAGGAGCGUUAUUGAAGUGUGUGUCAAGGGUCAUUGAGUUGUGUAUCUCAGAUAAGAAGGCUUUGGAAGAUCAUAAUCAUGAUGUUGAUCUGAGCAUUAUGGCUGCUACUGAUGCGGCACCUGCUGCGGGUUUCUCUGAUACAAGCAGCUUCAAGUCGUCCUCGAUACGGAAGUUGGAGAAGCGAACUAAACAGGCUAUGCAGACCGGCGACCUGCGAGCAUGGAAGAUUCAGAUAUUCCUUCGGGCGUAUCUCUCUGAUAAAUUGGAGGUGUCGCGGCCAACCACUUUCGACGAUCUAAAGAGCGUACCUCGGAGUUUGCGUGAGACAUUGUUAAGGCAGCUUGUUAAGUCUGCGUCUGACAGUAUGGAUGGUGUUUCAAAAUUCAGCUACUUGAGCGAGUUGCUGGAUGAAUUGAAAGGAGGUUGCGACACGGAUGGCCAAUUGCUUGCCAUUGAGUAUCUGGCAAACCAGAUAAUUGAAUCAUCCGAAUUCCAGCUUCAAACCGAUCAUGGCUUCAACAUCAGCAAUGUACACAGCAGCCUAACCUCGCUACUUCUUCAGCAACCAUCCAACGCCAAUAUCAUAUGCAGCACCCUUCGGUCCCUACUAGAGAAGCGACCUCAGUCAAUGAGCCAGUGGAACAUUGAUAUCACUCUCAGCACCAUAUCGUAUCUUGCAUCCGAUCGCAAUGCCAGCAACAGCACCACCUCAUACGCCUGGCUAUGCAAAUUAGUCGAAGUUAUUAUCAAGAAGCACCGCCUCCGCCUUGAAGGCCAUUUCCACCUACUCCUCAGUACGAUGCAGGCCUUGCUCCAAAAUCUCAUAUUAACUCAGCAGCUUACUGCUGAUGACCUCUCUCACGAGGCGAAAGCACAGCUAUACGCCCGCCUUAUCACAUUGAUUUGCGAGCCCACUGCAGGAGCAGUCUCCCGUUCGCAACUCCACAGUUCAUUGGACUCAGCUACAGAUGCGGCGAAGCGAUCCGCCGGCCGACACAUGUACCUCAUUUUGGUGCAAUACGUCAAGUUGCAGCUGGAAACGAGUGUGUCUACAGAGGUGCGAGAUGCGCUUGAGCCGGCAAUGAAUUCUAUUUUCGACAUCACAUCACCUGAGGGGAGGAAGAUUCUCAACGACGCCAUGGAUAGUAGUGGCAGAGCGAUAUUGCGAGAAAUGUUCAAGAGAUAUGUUAAAUUUGGUAAAUGGAGCGGAGUUUAA